AUGAGUUCUCAAAACUUCCCGGCUCGCAACGUCUGUUUCGCCUUUUCAACCAUCCACCUUCCAUCUGAAACGAUUCUCAACACGUCACCCUCAGAGCCGCAGCGCGACCUCGUAUCCCGCGACUGGAUCUACUCCCCCAGAUCCAAUAUCCCCAUCGCUAGCGACAAAGGCUGGUUCACCUCCCUAGUACCCUUCCAAAGCCAAGUCACACACACCACCUCCGAAAGCAGCUCACCCGUCACCCUCGCCGUCUCAGGCAUCGGAGAAGUUUCCGUCAACACCAAGCAGAACACACGCUGCAAAGAACACCCCUAUGAACCAGGCACCUCGACCGAUUUUACCUUGAGGAUCAGACGCCCUGUUUUGCUCGUGCCCGACUUUUGGCUACAACAUCCUGACGCACAGUGUCCAUCGUUCGGACAGUAACUUGCACGGAGAUGACGGGCGGCAUUCUGUCUCGUCGCUGGGACCUGGCGGGGGUUUUCAUUGGGGCUGGUACGAGCAGGUGAUGCGGAUGAUGUGGGAUCAGUUUGGAAUAGACCCUCAAAAUGUCGAGACGAGAGGCAGCAAAGAGACCAGAGAUGCCGCCGCCGCCCCCGGG